AUGCUAUGUCGGCCAGGCGGGGGAAAAAUUUAUCUGCGCAGCAGCAGCAGCAGCAGCAGCAGCAUUGGCGUUCUUCAGCAGAAGCCAGAGGCAGCAGCAGCAGCAGCAGCAGCAGCGGCUUCAACCUGGGGAGCUCUUGCCUUCGUGUAUGGAUCCCCAGCAGCAGCAGCAACAGCAGCAGCAGCAGCAGCAGCAGCAAGGCAGCAGCAGAAAGUGCUGCGGCAGCUGCCUCGAUUUGCAGCAGCAAAAGACACAGGAGGCCCCUCCGACAGCAGCAGCAGCAGCAACCACGAUAGCAGUAGUAGCAGCAGCAACCACGACAGCAGCAGCAGCAGCAGCAGCAGCAAACCUCGCAGGACCUCUCGUAAGCCUCGUUCCAGCAGCAGCAGCAGCAGCAGCGGCAGCAGCAGCAGCAGCAGCAGCAGCAGCAAAACAACUCUUUACAGGCGGGGCCCCACGCCGUUGGGUGCGAAGCUGCCUGUGUCUCGUUGCAGCGAAAUCAACAGCAGCAGCAGCAGCAGCAGCAGCAGCAGCAGCAGCAGCAGCAGCAGCAGCAGCAAAACGGAAGCAAUGAGCAAGGAGGAAAUAGAUGGCGCGGGAAACACCCCCGCGUUGGUGAACAGUUUGUUGACUUCGCUGUGCAACAUUUCGCCCUUCUUUAGGUCUUCUUUCUGGGAACACUACCCUCUAUACCACGAGCUCUUCAACCAGACAGUCCUCGACCCAGGCGUAGUGACCCUGCCCGACAACCGCAGCAGCAGCAGCAGCAGCAGCGACAGCAGCAGCAGCAGCAGCAGCAGCAACAGCAGCAGCAGCAGCAGCAGCAGCAGCAAGGAUGAAGGGGGCUUCGCCCCGAUUCAGCUGCGGGCCGACUGGGACCCAGAGCGAGACCGAUUGGGUUUAGGCUACGGGGAUGCCAGAAUCUUUGAAGAUUGGCCCUCUUGGGAUCCGUCCUUUAAGCUGCAAGUUACAGAAGCCACCAAUCUCACCAUUGUCCCCCAAACGGGACUCUACCGGGAAGAGGAAGGGUUUAGUUACCGCCUCUUCAAGCGCAGACCCCUGGCGCCUGCCCCAACCAAACCGCAGCAGCAGCAGCAGCAGCAGCAGCAGCAGCAGCAGCAGCAGCAGCAGCAGCAGCAGGAGGAACCGAUUUUUUACCCCACAAGCUGCUACUUCGGGGCUUGCAAUAGAAUGCGCAUUGCAGUCCACAAGCUCAUGGGCACGCAGGGCUGGGAACAAAUUUGCAAACACAAAGAAGCUGAAAGGCAGCAAGAACUCCAAGGGGGGCCCCCCCUUUAUACCCUAAACCCUAAUGGAGAGUUGCGGCCUGUAAACCCUGAAAGUGGGGCCCCAUCUCUCCCCAUAGUGCCCCCCCCGCCGCCCGAAAUUAGCCCAGAAGAAUGGUUCAGGCAAGAGCAGCAGCAGCAAAUGCAGCAGCAACAGCAGCAGAUACAGCAGCACCCGCACCCGCAGCAGCAGCAACAGCAGAUACAGCAGCACCCGCAGCAGCAGCAGCAACAGCAGCAGCAGCAGAUACAGCAGCACGCGCUGCAGCAGCAGCAGCAGCAGCAGCCAGAAGAUGCAGCAGGCAGCCCAGACGACGUGCUUCUAGAGGAUUUACCUCUUCCGCGGAGAGCACUUGAGGGCUUGAAGGAAUGCGGUGUACGUACACUGGGCCAAGUCAGCCUCUACUCACUGCAGCAGCUGCUGCGGAUUCCAGGCGUAAGCCUUUCAGCAGCAACUUUGCUGCAGCAGCUGCUGCAGCACCGCUACGACAGGGAGUUGGCCCCGGACUAA